UCUCGCCUCUGCUUCGGCGGUUUUCAUCCCUUCAGAGCGGCCCCUCCCCACCUGGCUAUUUGGUUGGCCCUCGGCCUUAGCGUACGUCAUUCACCCGCGCCACCCGGAAGCCGCGGUUUAUAGCAACUGUUCUUAUUGCCGGCGGCUCUAAGGAGCCCAUCAUGGCGACGCCCCCUAAACGGCGGGCGCUGGAAUCCACAGGGGAGAAAGUGCUGCGCUAUGAGGCCUUCAUCUGCGACGUGCUGCAGCGGGACCUGCGAAAAGUCCUGGACCAUCGUGACAAGGUAUAUGAGCAGCUGGCCAAAUACCUUCAACUGAGAAAUGUCAUUGAGCGACUUCAGGAAGCUAAGCCCUCGGAGUUAUAUAUGCAGGUGGAUUUGGGCUGUAACUUCUUCGUUGACACAGUUGUCCCAGACACUUCACGAAUCUAUGUGGCCCUUGGAUAUGGUUUUUUCCUGGAGUUGACCCUGGCAGAAGCCCUCAAGUUCAUUGAUCGUAAGAGCAACCUCCUCACAGAGCUCAGCGACAGCCUCACCAAGGACUCCAUGAAUAUCAAGGCCCAUAUCCACAUGUUGCUAGAGGGGCUUAGAGAGCUGCAAGGCCUGCAGAAUUUCCCGGAGACACCUCACCAUUGACUUCUUCCCUGCCUCCCCAGACAUUAAAGAGCCUGAAUGCCUUUGA